UCGGGCGUGUUUAGCAUUUAACUCACUUCAAGUUUAUAUUUUAUUUUACAUGAGACCGACUUUAUGUAGACUAUACGCAGAGAACAUUUUUUAACAGUGUCAUUCAGUUUUAAUAUUACGUUCUGGUAUUAAUGUGUAAUUUCUGAAGUAACAAUAUGAACGUAUAGUUUUUACGUGACAGGACGUUUAAUACAGCGUACCUGUGAUCAAUUCAACGGUUAUUGGAUACGUAUUUUUCUGUAUUCAUUUAAGUUUUGAUUUUAUUUUUCAUUUUAGGACUGGGAUAUAUGGUCCGUUGCAAGUUGUCAUAAGAAGUGAUUACAAUCGCAUUGCGUACAGUUAGUUUACUUUAAUCUUACAUUAAGAACAUCGGUGUAACUCAUGGUAAAGGAUGCAGAACCAGUGUUUGCUGUCAAACAAGCAAGCCGUAAUUUCUGUAAAAUUUUCCUGGAAUUGUACAUCGGAAGAGGAUUUUUGGGGUCACUUGGUUUUGGCAAACAAUCCUACGGAAUUUUCUGAAGCGACAAGUGACACGUCAGAUCUGUCAGAGUUAUUAAUCAUACAACAACCUCAAGACAAUGAAACAGGCAUUCCCUGUGUAGUGCACUUGCAAUGCAUCCCACAGGCUGGGAUUGAAAUAGUCUGCCUUCAUGUAGUGAGCCAGGCACGGACCAUGGAAGUGUAUUCAUCCUCCGAGUACUGUGGCACAUGUCGAGGUGAACCAGUGCACACUUCGCAAGACAACUGUGUUAAAGAAAAUGUACUGUUGUAUAAGAAAAAUAUACGUCUUGAUUCACCUACAAAUUCCUGUGAAAUUAAGUUACUUUCACUCCGAGAGAAGACAAAUGUUGCUAUUAAUAAAAUUGUUGUGGAAACAGCACCUGUUAAAGCUAUGAAGAGUUCUUCUGCAGCUGGUGUGAGUAUAGAUCUUAAACGUGUGCAAAACAUGAUGGAAUCCAUGGGAACUAGACUCUCUCCUGGAGCACAGCACCUUAUGGACAUGGUACAGUUUCAGCAGAAGAACUCCAAGGACAUGAUGAGCGGUUUCCUACCACUUCUACUUGGACAAAGCCAAUUUAAAGUUUGUAAUAAUGAAAGUAUGAAGUCUGCAUCCACUUUUAUCACUGGCUCAACUGCUGCUGAUGCAAUACAAACAAUUGAGCAAUCUUCUGUGAAAGACUUCAGAUUUGAUCACACGUAUGCUGAAUCCAGUCCCAACACUAUCGCAGAAGAUGCAGGUGGAAAAUUUCAAAACCAUGAAUGCCACAGACACCAGGUUCAAACAAAUGGCAUCCUUCCUUCUACAAAUCAUGUUAAGGAGACAAAUUCUUUUCUGUGUAAUCAAACUAGGGACAAACAGAAUACUUCAGCUACUGAAAUGUUCUCUCUGCUUCAGAGAGUGUGUGGGCAAGUACAGCAGCUACGUCUCAACAAUAUGCAAAGUGAUUUAAAAACAGUGCCUGGUGAAGAUUCAUGCUUAGGAUCAGAACAGGCACAUUCUUGCUGUUCGGCUUUAGAAGUGGUAAUUGCAAAAAAACUGGAAUCAAUAGAGCAGAAACUUAUGGACCAUAUAGACCAUCGCAUGAAAGAGUUACAGGAAAGUCUACAAAGGACUAUUUUGGCUACAAGUUUAGCUCAGAAGACUGAAGGUGUUAAAGGAGAAAUUCACUGCUGCAGGUGUACAGAAUUGGCUAAUGAGAAUGUGUAACCAAAUACUGUCUUGAUGCACUAUACUAAAGCUGUUAUUUUUGUUCCACUUGAAGCUACUUGAAAUGUUGGAUACACUAUGGUGUUUGUGUAUGUAUGUAUAUGUAUAUAUGUGUGUGUGUAUAUAUAUAUAUAUAUGCACAGAAGUUAAAUGUAAACCUUCAUCAUACCUCAAGUAUUUGCUUUAUGUUAUUAAGGUUUUUGUUAUUACCUCAUGUUCGUUAUUAAGCCAAAGAGUUUUUCCAGGACAGUCCUCCAUGUAGUAUUAACAUACCACUGUAUGUCAGUGUUUGUUUAGAGCAGUAUGCAUCAUUGUUCAAUUUAAAAAAAGAAAAAAGUCCUCCAACCUUAAUUUCUUUUUUUUUGGCCUCUGUUUAUGUAAAUGAUAGAUUUGUAUAUUUAUUGUUCUUGGAAUUAUCAGAGGAAAUGCAGUGCUUAUUUUCUUCAACAAUCGACAUGUCUAUUUCUAAUUCUUAAUGUAAAAUUGCUCUUUCCUCAAACACUGUGCAAUGGCCUAUACUCUUUUUGGACGGUUAAUAUAUAAUUUCAGUUAGUAGUUCUAAUUGGUGUCAUGGAGGUUUGAUUCAUGCAACUAGCCUUUAACAUAAGGUUUUAAUUAAAAAGUGUAUUGCCAGCCUAUAGCAUACACAACUAAAGUUUAUGAAAAUACAAAUGUGGUACUAAGCUAAUUACUAUUAUUGCCUGACAAUAAUAUGAACCUUUAUUUCCUGAUCAAAAAUGUUUUGGACUGGAUUUAU